UAAAAGCGUAAACCCUCGCCCAUCACGAUCACAUCGUGUCCAACUCCAACCCAAGCGGGAGCCAACUCUCGUUGUAGUGCCUCCGUCCCGGUCGAUCAAUCAAUGGCGUCCGGUUUUUCGCUCGUUAUGCUCUUCUCGCUCGUUGUAAUCACUACGUCUACUCAUGCUACUGCUGAUUUGAUCCAAGGCUGUGGCGGAUUUGUUGAGGCGAGUUCGGCUCUGAUCAAAUCGAGGAAACCUACUGAUGCUAAAUUGGAUUAUUCUCAUAUAACGGUUGAGCUUCUAACCACAGAUGGAGCGGUGAAGGACAGAACACAGUGUGCGCCAAAUGGUUAUUACUUCAUUCCUGUUUAUGACAAGGGUUCUUUUGUAAUUAAAAUCAAAGGGCCAGAAGGAUGGUCAUGGGAUCCAGAUCAAGUUCCUGUUGUUGUUGAUCAAACAGGUUGCAAUGCCAAUGAGGAUAUAAAUUUUAGAUUCACCGGGUUCACCGUGUCUGGACGAGUUGUUGGAUCUGUGGGCGGAGAUACCUGCUCAAAUAAAAAUGGAGGUCCAUCAAAUGUAAAUGUUAAGCUUUCAUCUGUCACAGAUGAUCUUAUCUCGUCUGUCUUAACAUCACGAUCAGGAAGCUAUUUGUUCAAAAAUGUUACCCCAGGAAAAUACAAACUAAGUGCUUCACAUCCCGAUCUGAAUAUUGAAGUUCGUGGUUCCACGGAGCUGGAAUUCGGAUUUGGAAAUGUUUUGGUUGAUGACAUUUUUGCUGUCCCUGGUUAUGAAAUCCGUGGAUCUGUAGUUGCUCAGGGAAACCCAAUCUUGGGGGUUCAUAUUUAUCUAUACUCAAAUGAUGUCUUGAGUUUGGACUGCCCCCAGGGCUCUGGUAAUGCCCCUGGACAAAGAAAAGCUCUCUGUCAUGCUGUUUCUGAUGCAGAGGGAAUUUUUACAUUUAAAUCGAUACCUUGCGGUGUUUAUGAGCUAAUACCAUAUUACAAGGGUGAGAAUACUAUUUUUGAUGUUUCACCUCCUUCCAUGCUGGUCUCUGUUGAGCAUGAUCAUGCUACAAUUAUCCAGAAGUUUCAGGUCACUGGAUUUUCUGUUGGAGGUCGUGUAGUUGAUGGAAAUGGUGUGGGUGUUGAUGGUGUAAGAAUUAUCAUAGAUGGUCAUGAAAGAUCCAUUACUGACAAAAAAGGAUAUUACAAGCUUGACCAGGUUACCUCUCGUCGGUAUACCAUAGAAGCGAAGAAGAAGCAUUACAAGUUUGACAUACUGAAGGACUUUUUGGUUUUGCCAAACAUGGCUUCAGUUGUAGAUAUUAAAGCGGUCUCUUAUGAUGUCUGUGGAAUUGUUGAGAUGGUUGGUUCUGGAUUCAGGGCAAAGGUAGCCUUGACACAUGGACCAGAGAAUGUUAAGCCUCAAGUUAAACAUACUGAUGAGAGUGGAAAUUUCUGCUUUGAGGUGCCACCAGGUGAAUAUCGCUUAUCUGCUUUGGCAGCCAAACCUGAGAGUGCUCCUGAACUUGUGCUUUUGCCAUCUCAUCUUGAUGUUGUGGUCAACAGUCCAGUACUAGAUGCUAAGUUUUAUCAGGCACAAGUGAAUGUUCUUGGGGCAGUAAGCUGCAAGGAGAAAUGUGGCGCAUCAGUUUCUGUAGCACUUACAAGGUUGGGAAGCAAAAGGCAAGCAGAGAAAAGGAUAGUUUAUUUGACUGAUGACAGCAGUCAAUUUCUGUUUCCCAAUGUUUUCCCUGGAAAAUACAGGCUGGAGGUGAAGCAUGCUUCCCCUGUAGAGGUGUCAGGGGAAGACAAAUGGUGCUGGGAGAGGAGUUCUAUUGAUGUGGAUGUUGCCACAGAAGAUGUAAAAGGGAUUGCCUUCAUACAGAAAGGUUACUGGGUCAAUGUAGUUUCUACCCAUGAUGUAGAUGCCUACAUGACUCAACCUGAUGGUUCCCAAGUAAACAUAAAAAUCAUGAAAGGUUCCCAGCAAAUAUGUGUAGAAUCUCCUGGAGUACAUGAGCUUCAGUUUGCUAACUCAUGUAUUUUCUUUGGAAGCUCAUCUACAAAAAUUGAUACGUCAAAUGCAUCUCCCAUAUAUCUAAAGGGAGAGAAGUACCUCCUCAGGGGGCAAAUUCAUAUUGAUUUGAGCUUACCUAAUGGUGGGAAAGAAUUACCUGACAAUAUAUUAGUUGACAUACUAAAUAAGGAGGGUGAUCUUCUGGAUGGUACUGUUGCCAGACUUGUUUCUAAUGGAAAUUAUCAGUCAAAUGGUGUUGUAUAUGAAUAUUUAGUGUGGGCUAAUCCUGGAGAAAAACUUACUUUCAUUCCUCAAGACUCACGCAAUAAUGGCGAAAAGAAAAAUUUGUUUUAUCCUACUCAAUAUGAAGUCUCAGUGACACAAGAUGGCUGCCAAGACCCAAUUCCUCCUUUUUCUGGUCGACCAGGGUUAUACAUAGAAGGAUCAGUAUCCCCGCCCAUUUAUGGUGUAUAUAUAAGAAUUAUGGCAGCAGGAGAUAGCUCUAAUGCCCCACUUAAGAAGGGUGAUUUAGCUCUUGAAACUACAACAGGGGCAGAUGGUUUAUUUGUUGGGGGACCUCUAUACGACGAUAUAAAUUACAGCAUUGAGGCAUCAAAGCCUGGUUAUCAUGUGAAACCCAUUGGACCUCAUUCCUUUUCUUGUCAGAAACUUGGUAAGAUUUCUGUACGUAUUUUUUUCAAAGAAGAUUCAAAAGAACCUCUCCCUUCUGUCCUCCUGUCCUUGAGUGGUGAAGAUGGUUAUAGAAACAAUACUCUAACUGGUGUUGGUGGAAGUUACCUCUUUGAUGACUUGUUCCCUGGGAGUUUCUAUCUCCGCCCUCUUCUAAAGGAGUAUUCUUUCUCACCUCCUGCACAAGCAAUUGACCUUGGCUCAGGGCUGGUCCAGGAAAUCAUGUUCCAAGCCACACGUGUUGCUUACAGUGCUAUGGGUACAGUUACUCUCUUGUCUGGCCAGCCAAAGGAAGGCAUUUCAGUUGAAGCCCGGUCAGAGUCAAAAGGCUUUUAUGAGGAAGCAGUAACAGAUUCAUCAGGAAAUUAUCGUCUUAGAGGACUCCUUCCUGAUACAACCUAUACAGUGAAAGUAGUGGAAAAGGGUGACCUCAAAAACACUAGAAUUGAGCGUGCAUCUCCUGAGUCUGUCAGUGUAAAGGUUGGAUAUGAGGACAUUAAGGAUCUGGACUUUUUGGUAUUUGAGCAGCCGGAAUUGACAAUUUUGAGUGGUCACGUUGAAGGGAAGACAAUUAAUGAGCUACAUUCACAUCUUCGAGUAGAAAUUAAGUCUGCUAAUGAUCCAACCAAGAUUGAAUCCGUCUUCCCUUUGCCUCUUUCAAAUUUCUUUCAGGUGAAGGACUUGCCCAGGGGCAAGCACCUUCUGCAGCUUCAGUCUGCUCUUCCAUCAAGCACUCACAGAUUUGAAUCUGAAGUCAUUGAGGUCGAUCUGGAGCAGCACACUCAAAUUCACGUGGGCCCAAUCAGAUAUAGAAUUGAUGAAAACUACCACAAACAGGAGUUGACUCCAGCUCCAGUAUAUCCCCUUAUUGUUGGAGUUUCAGCGAUUGCUCUCUUUAUCAGUAUGCCUAGGUUAAAGGACUUGUAUCAAGCCACGAUGGGAGCAUAUGGGUCCAGUCACAUUGCAAAUGGAAAGAAAGAAGUAAGAAAACCAAACAUCAGAAAGAAGGCUAAUUGAAGGGUAGUUUAGAGGAUUACGACCAAUACUACACUUCCCAAUAUCAAAUUUAGUCACCCCAUAGGCUUUUUUCAGAUGGUAGAGACCUUGUAGGUGGGCCUGGAGUAGUUGCUUGGUCUUGGAAGUGGGACCCAAGAUAAUGGCAGCAGCUGUUAAAAGUAUGUUGAUUACGUUUACGUUAGGUCACAUAGCAAAUUUGCUUUUUUUCUUUUCUUUGCGUUCCCGUUGUCAGUCUCCUAACAUCUUUCUUCUGAGAUCUCAGCACGUGGUUGUGGUUGUGCUUAGCUGUCCUGAUUAGUUGUGAUUCUCAUUCAACUUUGUUACGGACCGAAUUAGCCAAAUUGCUGUUUUGUCACCUGUAAUCAAUUAAAGAGCAACCAUGGGGACA